AUGGACGCGUUCGACACAAUCUUUCCCGCUGAUUCGGUUGAGUUCUGUCCGCAUCCAACGGCUGAUAACAUUUUCGUUUGCGGAACAUACUACCUCGAUGCCUCCGCUCCCCAUGGACCCACUCAAAAGCGAACUGGCCAAUGUCUUCUAUUUCGCAUCGACCAAGAUCACAAAGUAAACAAAUUGCAAGGAAUUGACUUGCCCGCAGUCCCAGAUAUGAAAUGGCGCCAUCACCCUUCAGACGCACCACUGCUGGCGAUCGCAGACUCAGAAGGGAACAUCUCCCUUCACGAAUUGCAAGAGUCGCAACUGCAAAGCCAUUCCUCUGUAGCCUGUGCACCCUCCGAUGUCCUUUGUUUGUCGUUGGAUUGGUCAAACCGUCGUAAUACGAGCCCUGACACCUCUCUCGUCGUCUCUCUCUCCAAUGGGUCUCUUUGUCUUCUUCGGCUAGACGACCAAGGGUCCAGCUCUGGCUUACGGAUCCUGGACACCUGGCAUGCGCAUGAUUUUGAGCCAUGGAUUGCUGCUUGGGAUUACUGGGACAUGAAUUCAAUAUUUUCCGGUGGUGAUGAUAUGAUUCUGAAGAUAUGGGAUGUAAGACAAGGUUUUACGAGCCCAGUUCGCACGAACAAAAGAUUCGAGGCAGGUGUUACAACCAUUCAGAGCAAUCCCCAUGCCGAACACAUCCUGGCUGUCGGAAGUUAUGACAACACAGUCCGGGUGUUUGACAAACGCAAACUGCUUGCUCCAUUUGCCCAGGUCGAUGUUGGCGGUGGCGCCUGGCGAGUCAAAUGGCAUCCAUCGUCAAGUCGGAAAGACGACCUUCUCGUUGCCUGCAUGCACGAUGGGUUCAAAGUAGUCCGUCUGGCUGGUGAAAGUGGUCAAGUCAUCAAACGCUUUGAUCAGCAUUCCUCGUUGGCCUAUGGAGUUGACUGGUCGUUUGCUGCUGACCAAGGAGAGACGAUGAUAGCUAGUUGCUCUUUCUAUGAUCAUACUCUACAUUUAUGGUCUGGGUGA